GCAAAAUCAAUAAUAAUAAUUACGUACAGUAUUAUAUUGUAGCUUAGCGCAGGUGUUUAAAUUAUUAUGGUUAUACUGAACCAAUAACAACUUUUAUAAAUUUGAGCAUGCUCAUACAAUGAACAAGUGAAUAAUAUACGGAAACGUUAGGUUUUGUAUGCGUAGGAAUGAGUGGAAAGUUGAAAGACAUGGAGCUAUACGGGCAGCUGCGCGCCGAUUUACCGUUGUACGACCGCCGCAACAUCGAUUACGCCUACCAUCAGGCACUCAACCUUUCCAGCCUAGAGGAUGCUACCACUGUCCGUCUACAGGAAGAUGCUUUGCUGGUCCCGCCCACUCGGCUCCGACGGAUGUUGGACACGGAGAAGGCGCGUCGGGUAACGACGCUUAUGCAGGAACAGGAGGCGCAGUUUCUCAAAAUCGCCCUCAAACCGUCUCAGCUCCCGCCCGCGGGCGACGUCGGCGGAAGGAUCGACCAGCUUCCGGUGCAGUCACUGGCGCGGCCCGAAACUGGCGAGCAGACCGAUAGUAAAACUGCUGACUGUACAAAACCCCCAAGCCUUAGUGUUACCUCCCAAGAAAGGGAAACCGAGCAGCUGGGCGUCGGGAGUCUGCAUUUGCCAACGCUCGGCCUGCGGCGCGCCCAUUUCGUUGGUUCCGAAGACAAACUGACCUUUGCCAAGCCCAGUGUGACCUUUAUCCCCAUUAUCACUGAUCCCGCUCCACCGGUUACGCUUAACCCGCUCACCGCCUUCACCAUCGAGACUGCUGACACAGAAGAAGCCGCAACCAAAGGUAGUGACGUCAUCUACGACGAUUACGACGAGAAAGACCUCGCUGAGCUGCCCGCGGAUUUCGGUGCACGGGCCAAUGUGUCCCGACCGGAUGGUGGUCUCGUGGAUUUCCGGGAGAUAUUCGCCAAGUGCUAUCGCAAUGCGCGGCGUAAGACACGGGCGGUGCUAGAUCAGGAGCCGACAAUCACCACGGUAGGAGAUCUAGCCGACAGCCGCGCGGCGCAACUGUCGCGGGUGGUGCCGUUCGAGCCGCUGGUUAGAGACUGGCUGGCGCUGCUGGGCGGCUCGGUGUUGGAGGAUGUGGAUUUCGAGAGCAUGGUGCCGGUGCUGUUCCUCGGUUUGGAGGAAGUUGUUAUCCAGGCACAGAGACGCGGCUUAAUUCCGCGAGACCCCGAGGAACCAGUGGAUGAUGUCGGUUUCCUGGACGACCCAUCUUUCGAUCCAGUAGAAAUGCUGGGUGCUUUUCUCGUCCGCAACCAUCCCAAGUACUGCAACGCGUGGGAAUCGCAUCCUUACGUGCGCAGCUUCCGACGCGUCGUUAGCGAAACUAGACGGGAGAAGCUGAAUAGUGGAGUAAAAUCGGAAUUAGCGGAUAUUGCUCAGUCCGCGGCGACUUUGCAAAAAACUAAUGGACAACCGUGGGUUGCUGCAGACAUAGGCGCAAAGAAACCAAACGGCGAUACCUUUCCUCAGAAGUCGUAUGCGGAUCAGCCAGCCCAUAGCUUCAUGGUGGAUGGAGUCUGGAACGGCGUUUUGGAUGACAUGUCACUAAUGUCCAAAACACAGCAGCAGCUUAUGGAAAUCCUGCGUAUUAUGCUGGAAUGGAGCGGUUCAGCGGAGAACGACCACGUCAGAUUGACGGUGCUGCGCUCGUCCGUGGUCACAUUUGUCCAAGAGAACAAAACUAUCGAGUACGAAACGAAAGAAUCCAUUAAACGUAUUGUCGAUCGCGUGAUAUCGAUGGAUGAAGUGGAUCAAAGAAUUCCUACCAAAGAUGCUGCAACGGUACUCGGUCGACUUUUGCUCUUGCUGCAACCGGAGGAGCAAGCGGCUCUGCGCGAGCACUGUGCGGCGUGCUUUGUCGGCUCGGAAGCGGAGCGCACCAUGCGGCGCAAUCGAGCAGCUGUGGGCGAUGUCUUUGACAAGCUGGACGAAGCUAAGACGGGAUUUUUAAGUCGACCGAAACUUCUGUCGAUUAUGGAAGAAUUUUUCCAAAGUCUCCCGGAGGAAAAGCAAGCCGAGAUGAAUAAUCCCUGUGUUUGGCCGGUGGUGCCGGCCGAGCAAACGACACAGGAAACGGAGGCCCGCUCUCUUCCAGCCGGAAGUACGCCGACUAUCUUCGACGUGGACGACUACACGUCUCUGUUGGGCGAUGCCGUAGACCCACGCCUGUCCAUUCCAGGCCUAGUUCAGGAGGAAAGCGAGAAGGAGAGUCCGAGUCGGGAACACGAAUAUGUGCGCUACAUGUACAAAGAGUAUCCGGCGUCCGGCUCCACCGGCCUCUUACGCUUGCACAGUCAGGACAUGCCGGAUGCGGUAUCUAAUUCAUCACGGGAAACUAGUUCAAAGGCCGUGUUGAAACGAGUUGAUAUCGCGGAUAGCUUUACUCGAAAAUUUGUGGAUGCCUUUAAUGAGCGGCAGAUGGAGCGGAAACGUCACUCGAAUCGGCCAAAACAACUGGGAACGGUGGAGUCAUUACCGUAUAUGGAUCGAUGGAUAACCAAAGAUCAACUGGCGACCGUUGUUUGGAACUGCUGUCCAACCGGGCAUCCGGAAACUGCCAGCGCCUUGUUGGCCUUUAUUGAGGAGAAGUACAGUGAGACGCCGGAUGAACGGUUAAUUCGAUUACGACAAGAACAGCAGCACGCACGCUACAGAGAGCGAAAUGAUAAUUUGGCCAAGGCAUUCGACCAGUUAGAUACCGAUGGGAAAGGUCACAUUACGGCCCAGUACUUAACGGAUGUGUGGAGUACCGUCAAGAUACCGGUUAGAAGUGCCGAUGUAUCGAAAGCACUACAGCUGCAUCAGUCGCUGCUGAGUAUUGGUACGUCGAUGUUGGACAGGCGGCAGUUUGUGGAGUUCUGCAGCGUUCUGCUGGAGAGUGUUGGCUACGACGUGGAUGUGGGCUCCAAACUCCUCGGCGAGGAAACUGUCAAAUCUUUAAAGCGGACGAAUGCGGAGAAAUCACGGUCGAUUAUGCGAAAAAUCUGGCUGGAUGAACUUAGCGAGCAUAUCGGUACAGAUACGAGCACAUCGAGGAAGAAGCAGUUUCAAGCAGCAAUCGAAGUGUUAGAAAAGGAUGCCAAACUGCAUUACGACGGUCGCGUUGUCACCGUCAGUUUAGCGCUGCUCGCCCGCAACAGCAUCAACCCUUACCGCGGUCAGCAUGUACUGCGAGUCAUCGCAGGCAGCCAAUCGGAUGCAUCGUUUUACCUCAAGAAAAUCGUGUUACCGGAUUCGGAAGAUAUCGGGUUCACAGUGAUCAGCAGCGGCGAGGCGAUUGUCAUCCCAGAUACGGCUGACACACCGGCGACGCUGCUCAUCAAUCCGCAACGGCAGCAAGUUGCACAUGGUCCGUUUGUUUGUCAUCCGUUGAUUGACGCACAUAGACGGUGUUUCGGCGUGCUGAACAUCGACGCACUCAGUAAUAAACAACCAAUCGCACCCUUCUCCGAUUCGGAAAUCGGCUUCCACCAAGGAGUCAUCCGUAUUAUCAUGGACGGCUACGGAGCCGCCCGCCAAAUAUCAAAGGUCAUCGACGCUACCGCCACAGCACUGCCCUGGUUCUGUCAGCAUCUUCCAUCUCUGAAAGAAAUCGUCGUCUACUUCCCGGAAAGGGGUAGCGGUCAGCGUGACGUGCAAGUUCGGCGAGUGAUUACCAUGCACAGCGGCAGCGAGGCGAUGGUGCAUCGGGAUGCCGGUGCUUUGGAAAGCGAUAACCCGCGAGUGCAUUAUAUUGUACGAGCCAUGGAUACGGCGGAGAAUGUCCGCACGGUGUCAUUUGGCGACAAGCAUAUUGCGUGUCCGGUGUUGGACGAGAAUGGAUUGGCGACCUUCGUUCUCGACGUUAAUUUCGGUGACGAAUGGUUGAAUGCGGAUGGAGACAAGCUGCUGUGCAAUUUGCUGGUCAUUUUGCAGAAAAGUGUUUUAGAACUGACGUCACAGUGGAUGUCAACCAACCACGAUGACGCCGGCUUAGAAAUUGAGGGAAAAAUGCCGGAGCAAGCACACUUCUACGUAUUUGGCCGGUUAAUGCUGACCAUCCAUCUACAGCCAAUCCUAAAGAGCGUCACUGCCUCCAUCCUGGCCGACCUGCGCACCAAGCCUGCCGCGCCCGCUCUCGUACAGCAGACCUUUCAGGCAGUGCUGACACUGCUUCAGCCCGUCCACGGACUCUCUGGGGGGUUUGCCACGUGGAACGAGAUUCGGUCGCAUGUGCGCAUGGACUUGCUGGAUGCCGUAGUGGACUACGAUCCCACCGCCCAUGGGCUGCGGCCAGUACGGGCCCAUUUGAUCGAGCACUUGAAAGCGACGUUAUUGGUGGAUGAGUGGCAAGCGGCCAAAGGUCAUCCGUUGUGUCGGUAUCUGUACCGUUGGAUUGUGACCAACGUCUUUCUGAUGCGCGUGGCACAGCGUGUGGAGCAAGUAGGGCAGGCCGCGUCGAUGACAGAGUUAUGUGAUGCUUACGUCCAAACGAUGCCGGUCAGCGGCGUCCAGAAACCCCGACCGACAUUUUAUUAUAGCUGAAUUGCAACAUGAAUAAAUUUGUGUGGUCUGCCCUUUCGUGUCCGUCUUAAUUUCCAGAUCUGAAAUUUUGCCAGGUUAUUUAUCUGAA